AUGUGUAGUCAACUUAACGAGUCAUGUACUCAAUGUAUUGAAAAUUCAAAGUGUGCUUACUGUAAGAAAGAUGGAACAUGUGGUGUUUUUAAAGAAUCCGUUAGCUUUUCGCCCAAAUGUGGAAUAAAUAGUUUGUACACUCCAAAAUUUAAAUGCAAGGUCACUGCUCAAACUCUACUGAUCAUUGGCUGUUCAAUUGGUGCCGUUGUACUAAUUGCUAUCGGCCUAAUUAUUUGGUGUAUGUGUAGACGUUGUGGUAGAUGUGCUAAAGAAAGAGAAUUAAAGCGAGAAGAUAGAAACCGAGUACAAAUGGAACAAAGAAAACAAGAGCAUGAAGUUCGAGUCGAGGAACGAAAAAAUGCUACAAAUCUAAUACGAUUGAAAUAUGGUAUGUAG